AUGGCCAGUGGCACCCUGGCUGUGCGCUGUGGCCCCCCGUGGUCUUCCAUCUCUGCAACCGAGAUGCCUGAAUCCUGGCCCAACUGGCAUCUCACCAGCAGCUACGUUACCCAUGGCAUUAUCCUACCCGUACCCUUCCCCCCGCCCACGGUGCAGGAUUCUCGCAUCUGGGCUUUCGACGAGGUCCUCAGCAGAUGGGAGACAACCUCUGGCUCGGCCUACGUGCCCAAGACCCAUGGCGGGCCCUGCGCCCAGCCCAGAGCCCCAGAGCCUGCAGACCCCACGCGGACUGUGGGGAUCAAGGAUUCAGGAGAAGAGGCUCUAAUCGCCUGCACGAAGAACCCCGCGCUGUCUGGCCGGCCUUUCACAGUAUCCGACCACGGCGUCCUGAACCGCCGCCAGCUCUAUCUGACCACCUCGGCGCGGGACUUUCGGUUCUAUCCCAACACCCAGGAGUCCUUAGUGUCACCUCUCAGGAACCGCGGUAGGGACAGGAAGCCUGCACAGCGGCUCGAGGGGAUUCCGGAUCUGAGGGCACGGCCUCCUUCGAUCCCGAGGUCUGAAACUCGUCCCCAAGGAUCCAGCUGUAUCCUCACCAUCCCGCCCUGCUCCCACGGGACGGAGCUGUCCGGAUACCCCCGCAAGGACUCCCUGACCUACUGGAGCUUGGAAGAGACGCCCCAGGUCUGGAGCCACGGCCCGCAGCGGCCGCCCUGUCCGCGCUCCUCCAGGCCGCCUCGAGCGCCGCACGGCGGGGCCAUGUCUCCGGCUCAGAAAACCUACAGCUCCUCGCUGCACCAGCUCCGCCGGCUCGACCGCUUCCGCCCGCUGGAGGCGACUUGGGGUGGCCCCCACUGGAAGCCCCUGCCGGGCAUACACAGCGUCCCGAAAGCCUACAGCACCGAGAACUCCCGCUCAGGCCGCUGGAAGCCGGGGCUAGUGGGAGCCUGCCCGGCCAGCCCCACCCCAGACACGGCCCCUGGCGUGGGGGCGGAGCAGAGCUCUGGACAGCCGCUCACUACGCGGUGUCCGGACCUAGGUGGGCUCGCACUCAUUAAGUCUAUCCGCAGUGUGGGGACAGGACUAGCCCAGACACGCCCACUCGGCUGCGGCUGGAUCGCGGGGAAGGAACUAAGUCCAGAUAAUGUCCUCCGAGGCUGUGGCCCUGCGGGCAGGACACACCCCCUGCGGGCCUAUUCAAUAAUCAGUUAA